GAGUUGAACUGUGGUGAACUACCUGACAACAGUGACAACGUGACAGAAUAAGUGGAAAUCCCAGCGCACCUAAUUGGAAAUGGAAAUUAGUCGGUUCGAUUCAAAUGCAAAUUCGAACAGGGUGGCAACGCGCUCAAAAUAAGGUUCAGGCGUGGACAAAGUCCAAAAGAUUGUGUUUGCAGCUUUCGAAGUGAAUCCAGGUUUAAACGUCACCCCACAAACACUGUGUGACCGAAAAAAUGGCGUUAUCGUUUGCCGUGUUCAAAUGGUUUUUGUUGUUUUUGCGAAAACAAAUCCCGUCAUCAUGUGCUUUCAAGAAUUCAUACAUAAAUCAAACAAAAUGAUCCCACGAAACCAGAAGUUCUUGUACAUCGCGAGCCUGCUGCUGGUGCUGCUUGCCACCUCGAGUGAAGCCAAAAUUUUCAAAAAGUGUGACCUAGCCAAGGAACUGGGUAAGAGCGGGAUUUCCCGAACAUUCCACGGCAACUGGAUAUGCCUGGCCAACGCCGAAAGUGGGCUGGAUACCACCAAAUUGACGCAGCUUCCGAACUUGACUGCCAGCUAUGGAAUCUUCCAAAUCAACAGCAAGCAGUGGUGCCGAUCGGGACGGAAGGGGGGCGUUUGUAAUAUGAAGUGUGAAGAUUUCCUGGACGACAACAUCACCAACGACAUCGAGUGCGUCAAAAUCAUCCAAAGUCGGCUAGGAUUCAAUGGUUGGCCCAUUUGGGUGAAAAAGUGCAAGGGCAAGGAGCUGCCGAACAUUUCCAACUGUUACAUUUGAGAAAAAAAAAGUUAUGCUCAACGACACGGACGGGUGCUAACCAUAUUGUGAUACGUCAAGGUUUUCCAAACAAAACUUUUCACUCCCAGCAAGAGGGUACCUUUCAAACCAGGAGAAUAAAUGUUCAAGACUACUUAAUCAACCUUGCAAUCAAAACCAUCA